AAUUAACACAUUGUGGUUUUGUUAUCUUCAUGGGUAUAUGAUCGGAGUGUAAAAUGUGACACUGCGUGAAAAUGUGCUGUAAUACGGCAAACACAACGGCAUAGAGUACAGGUCGAAUUUCCUCUAGACACACUUGAGCGAUGUCUCUGUUCAGAGAGAAAUCUGAACGGGUAAAGACCCCAGCCUUAUUUCCAUGUGCAGCAAAGGUUAAAGUACCUCAGCUGGGGUCAGAGGAAACAGAUUUUGAAUUGAAACUUGCAAACAAACCUGCACCAACCUCAGUUAUUUUCAAGUCCUUUCAAGCUCCUGAACCUGUUCAUAAAAGUUACUUGAAGAGAAUCAGUGCUGAUUUACGCUUCAGUGAAGAUGUUGUGGAAGAUCGAUGCUUUCAUAUGGUGCCCUAUGACACAAAGUAUUUGUUCCAAGCUCUUGACCCAUAUGACAUUGUGUCCCCACCACCACAUGCUAGGAUUCCCCCGGGUCGCCAUGAUGCCCGAGGCAUGGACCAGCGUCAUAUGCCAUGUCACUUGACAAAAUCAUACAAACCUCAUCUCAAACCUCUGAAGAGGAAAAUAAUGGAACGAGCCAGAGAAAUGCACAAGUCAGUGAUAGCGCAGUCACAGGACACAGCGACGGAGGUCUCGUCGGAGGAGAGUUUCUUCAUGACGGAGGUGAGCGGACAAAAACAGGACAGUGCUUCUCCUCAGAUCCAGGAUGUAAAGAAACCAGUGCCAAAGGAAAAGAAAAAAGCUGAAGAAAUCAGGCCCAAGAAAAGAUCACCAAGAAAAACAGUAUCAGAUCAAAGUAGCCUGGACUCUGAGCGGGAAACAAAAGAGGUGUGGGAAAAAUUCUGCCGAGAAAACUAUGACUGGGAUGCAUACACUCUAUCAAAGGUCAGCUCGCAUAUGUCAAAGUGGGUCGUUCUGGAGAAGAUGCCUGAUGGACCAGAUAGAGACAGACUGAAGAAACUAGUGGAGGCUUGGUACGGUAGACAGGAUUCCUCCGAUCUGUUGCUGGAGUCUCUGGGAGAGCUUAAGAAAGAGGAACCAACUGAAGUCAAAAAAGACAUGGAAAAGCCGAAGAAAAAAUGGAAGAAGCCAGAGUCAACGAUACUCGCUCGAGUAUAUGAGAUGGAUAUUGCAGAGGAAAUAACAGAACCUCAUGCUCAUGACCCAUACUCAGACGACUCUAAGGCCCCGUUUUACAGGAAACCAGUCGGUUUACGGCGGGCAAUUAAACAUGCAGAAAAGGAGGAGGAAGUGACCAAUAGUGCAGGUGCCAUCAAUGCUACGGCUGAUAUCACUAUCGACUACACUUAUGAGCCGCCUGCCCCACCCACCAUCCGUGACUUUAUUAACCCUGCUGUGGGAGACAAGUUCUAUGAUACAGACAAUCAGUUUCAACAGGAGAUGUUGAUAGGGGUGGAUCAAGUUCACAUAGAGGAGUCUGACAAGAUUGUACUGAGUACUGGUCAUAAAUAUCAGAAAAAUCUACAGCCUGAACACCCACAGAACCCAGAGACCUGGUAUAAUGAGCCAGAGGCUAAACCACCACAUGAAGUGAAGGAGUCACCACGCAUCAAAAAGGUGGAGAAAGGACUUCGUCGCUGGAAAAAACUCCCCGAGCCAGCGGAUGAUUCAGCAGAGUUUAACAUGAUUCCUCCGGGUUUUGACCCUGAAUACCACAGGUCACCAGAUCCCACCACUCGGAGGCUGACCAAACAGAAUGCCUCAUUACUUCAAGUCAUUGAUGAGUGGAGACAGAAGUGGCACCUGAGUGGUCAGUUGGUGGACAGUAAGCCAGAGGAUCUCAUCAAAGACAUGGCAGACAUACAGAGUCAUGUCCGACUGAAGGCCAUAGCCACCAUUGCCAAGGUCGCCGAGUAUCGUCCCCCGGCCCAGGAGAUCUCAAUUUAUGGAGAUACACCCUCACUUAAAGCCCCAUUCCAAGAGCUACCCCACAAACUGUUUGUUGCUCUUGAGUGUCUGUUGGAUGAUAAAGUGGAUCGUGUCAAACUAGCAGCAGCGAUUACACUCUACUCACUCAACAAGCCAGGUGAAAAGGCCAGACAAGUUCUUCAGCUGGCUCUACAGAGUGAGACCAGUGUGGACAGAUGGGCUGCUGCCCAGUGUCUUGCCCAUGAUGGCCUCUGUAACUCGCUAGUAGUGGGCGAGAUUGUCCGUCAGCUGUUAGAGACAGAGGAUACCAUUAAACACGAGAAAGCUAUCUACUUACUUGGCAAACUAAGCAUUUUCUCUCCUUUAGUUCAUUGUAUGGUGGCUGAACAGUUAAACAGCAGUAGCUGGAGACAUAAAGUCAUUGCCUGUAAAAUACUUCCCACACUUCAUGGCACCAUUAACAAGGAUGUAACCAAUAAGUUGAUGGAUUUGAUGUGGAAUGACUGGCAUGAAGAUGUCCGUAAGGGCGCCGCCCAGUGCCUCGGUAAAACCAGCCAUGGUAGGGAGGUCCACGAUGACCUCAGAGAGAGGAUUAUCAAAGGCAAUGAAGCCACGAGGCUAGAAGCCAUCAGUAAAAUUGGACAAUUAGGUAUAAUGACAGCCAAACUACUGCCUGUGUUCCUGAACUGUUUUGAAGAUGAAUACAUUUCUGUGAGAUCUGAAGUCUGUAUAACUUGUGGCAACCUGGAGAUAAAAGAUGAACAAGUUAUAGAGAAGCUGAUCCAUUUAGCUACUUUUGAUCCCAUCUGGAAAGUGAAGGCUUUAGCUAUUCAAGCUAUGGGUAACAUAGGUGUGGUCAAUGAGGAAAUUACUGAAACUUUAUUGUGGGCGGUCAGGUAUGAGGAGAAGCCAGGGGUGAGAGCAGAGGCCUGUCACACCCUGAUGAUGCUGAAACUAAAGACAGAGGAUGUGGCAGAGGUCCUACAGGAGAGAUUCCUUGUGGAAUCUAGCAGUGUAGUCAGAGAGGAGAUAGCUAACACAUUAGAGAUGUUUGGAAUCAGUGCCACGGAAGAUAUGGACAUGGUAGCUCAAAUAAAGAAUGAAGUCCGUAAACUUUGCACCAAGGGUAACAUUGCAGCCCAGAUUUCUCUGAAUGAAGCCGAUGAUCUGAAGCAUGAAAACCUGAGUAGAAUGAUUUACGAGAACGAAAAAGAAAUGGAGCGUAGAAAUCCAUACUCGGUCAUCUUACUGAGAUCUGCCAAGUCGAGUAAGAGUCACUGUCACUUCACCUACAGUGUGUCCAGUCUGUCAUACACCAGGCUAUCUAGAACAAGGAAAAGUAAGGAGAGUGAAGAGAAACUUCCACCAAUGAUGGAGAGAAUAAGAUCAAUGAGUCAGGCCAGUGAUCGCCCUGACACAUCUCAAAGGAAGGUGAUAGGUGAUAGACCCCACACUCCUCAUCAGAGGAGUGUCUCCCCCACCCCGAGCCGUGAAGUCUUCACCCCGACUGCAGAUGAAGAACUUCAUCAAAUCAUGUCACGAGAGGACACCAGGAGUGAAGUGGCCACACCCGAGGCCAGACCCACAUCAGGCCGACAGCACGACUCAGGUACACCCAAAGAUCAGGGCACACCCAAGGGAUCAGAGAGGUCAAAGGUCACAACAGAGGACAGUGAUGUGACGGACAGCAGUGAGAGGGAAUUUUCCUCAGCUACUGGUGGGAGGACUCCAGAGACAGAACGACCAACCAGUGUGGUGAAAUUUGCAUCUGAAUUACAGGUGGAGGAAAUUCCUGGUCGUUCCACACUAACUCCUUCAAAGUCUGCCAUGGAGGACAUGCGUGUGUCGACUCGUCUUAGUAGCAUGGCAGGAGGGCGUGUGUCGUCUGAUGUCAGGGCUUUCAGUCGGGAUGCCAUCAAGGAGAGGGAGAAGAUAAACACAGAGGCAUUAAAGAGCUAUGCUGGGCUGGACAUGCGAUAUUAUGAUAUGAUAGAGGAUCUUAUCCAAGUAGACAAUACAUACGAGUUGAUGACUGGUCAAAAGCCCAAACAACCAGAAGUUGAACUGGUCAAAAAGAUCACGAUGAUUCAGUCUCCGUCAAAGGCACUGAUCGCCCAAUCAGAUGAGGCUAUACCAGUGGACGAUGAGGAUAAUGACGUCCAGUCGUCCGUCAUCAUCACAGUCACGGCUGAUGAGGAUCAAAACAGUAUUACUAAUUAAUCUGUUAAUUAAAGCUUUUCUAUUUUAUUGUUUACUGUAGUUGUGCAUUUAGAAUCAAGGUUGACAACUGAAGGUGAAAGUGCAUUAAAGAGAGAUGUUUUUUCUGUGAUAUAUUUUUAUUCAUGUUAUCAAUUUAUGAUGAGAGGAAAAUUAUAACUGUGAUACAUAUAUAUUGUGUUUAAUUAAUUCUUAUUAUGUCAUAUUUGAAAAAAUAAAUAUGUCUAAAUAUAGAA